GUUCCGGGUUUCGGCGUCGGGGAUCGCCGAGCCCACCUCCGCCCCACCACACCGGUUAAUACCACACCCAACAUCCACAAAUAUCAGACUGACCUCGCAACAUCUUCGUUGCUCCAUCGCGUUUGUGUUGGAUUCACGUUCAUCUCUCUCUUUCACGGUCACUCGAUUCCCUCACAUCCAUCACCGCCAUCAUGUCCAUUCCCAAAAUCCCAUCGCGCCGUCUCGGUAACCAGGACCCGGCGCACGUUAUGGACUUCCCCUCGCUCAACCUCGGGCACAAGCCGUGCUCCAAGACGCCCUUUACACUGGUCGACCUCGACAUUACCGUGUAUGGCCUUGACGAGAUCAAGGGUGGCGACAAGCCCGUUGCGGCAGUCAUCGUUGCACACGGAUGGGCGAAUAACGCCGCGCAGAUGGAGAACAUGUGCUACGGCCUCAUUGGGGAGAUGACCAAGCUGGGCGGCCGGCGGACACGCGAUGUCAUCGUCGUGACUGUCGACCAGCGCAACCACGGCACGCGCAAGCUGAAGAAGGACACGCUGUCGUACAACAAGAACCCAUUGCGCCUCGUUGCGAUGGCGACGACGAUCACGGGUGGCGUUGAAGACCACCAGCUGAUUAUGGACAUGCUGGAGGACUACGUGUUCCCGCUUGGCCAGCGCAAGAUCGUCGAGUUCAUGUGCACGGGCGUCUCGCUUGGCGGCCACCUGAUCUGGCGCCUGAUGAAGAUUGACCCUCGCGUCCGCGUCGCCGUGCCGAUCAUCUCGGUCCCCCCCGACGCGCUCACGAAGGUGCACACGGCGCGCUUCCGCGCCGACGGCACGCUCGGCACAGAGAAGAUGUACUUCCCCAAGGCGACACGCGAGUUCUACGAGGGCAAGACGGCGCCCGGGACGUUCAAGGACAAGUGCAUCCUCGCGCUGUGCGGCGGUGUCGACGAGGUCGUGCCGCCCGCGUUUGGGCAGGAGGAGUGGGAGAAGGUGCGCGCCGAGGCGCGCGCGACAGACCAGUGGAUCCAGCCGGGCCGCGGGCAUAUUUGCACCCCCGAGAUGGUUGCGCGCGCCGCUGAGUGGUUCGCGCGCUGGGGGCUUGGUGCGGCGGACGCCAAGCUGUAGAUCGUGUACUGAAGUCUAGAGAUGUCUCUUUUGAGUCCUGGCCUGUCGUUCCUCAUGUUACCGUGUGCUUGCUGCUACU